AUGGCCCCGCAGACGCGUCACGCACAAGCACAAGAACAACAGUCAUCACCACAUAUCCAGCUACAGCUCCCAGAAGAUGUCUCAACAUCAUCCUUGGACGCCUUGUUAGGGCCCAACGACUGGUCCGCGCCCUCUCCGGACACAAUACUCGCCGUCUAUCGUCUAUUAAUCUCCCAAAAGGAGCAGUUUGAUGCCGCCUUUCAAGACUGGGAGGAGCGGUUGGCUCAAAAGGACGCUGACAUUGAGCAAACUUUGCACCAGCAAGAGACGUUUCGCGUCGAAUACACCGAGCAGCUCGAGUCACUCAAGGGAGAGCUCGAUUCCGUCAAAAAGGAAAACGCAGAGCUCGCGCAGAGCAGAGCGGCCAUCCAAGAUCAGCUCGCCACGCUCGCCUCAACGUCCACAACUUCUACACACGAAACAGAGCAGCUGCGAAUCAGAAUCGAAGAGCGUGAGAGGGAGAAAAAGACAUUGACAGACACGCUCGACGCGGCUCUCAAUCGAGAAACGCGACUGCACAGUGAAAAUACAGAGUUGAGGAGCGAAGUUCAAAAUGUCAAAAAACUCGUCGCAGACUUGCAAGCAAAACUCGCCGAAACAUCGUCUUCAGAGGCCACCCAGCACUUUAAGAUUUCCACUCUCGAGCAACAAAUCAAUCUACUUCAGGAAAGCAACGACUCGCUCAACAACGAACUCUCCAACCAGCUAUCACGCUAUACAGAGUUGCGACGAGCGCGUACCGAGGAAGUGACGACGCUGCAAAGCAAACUCGACCAAAAGACAAGCGACUAUGAUCGAGAAGCAGAACGUCUACGGGCUAUACAAUCGACCAAUCACGAAAUGGAACGCAAGCUCAACGAAGCUCUCGAGAAGAACCGCGACUUGCAGAGCGAAGAAGCGGCCAACAAGCGUGCCUUCCAAGAGGAAAUGCAAGCUUGCAAAGAUUUGCUCGAAAAGUAUGAGAGAAUCGCAGACGAUGCAAAGACGCGUAUAGCCGAGAUUGAAAGGGAGGAGGAGAUUAUUAGGAGAGAGUUGACGAAGCGCGAGGAAACGCUCCUUGCCCAGGCAGAUCGCGAACGAGAGCGAGCAGAUAGCGCAGAACGAAAGGUGGAAGAGUUGGAGGAGGUUUUGCAGCGUGCACAGGCAGGUGAAUUCUCCAUGGCCGAAACAUCCUUCAACCGUGCCAUGACACCUGGAUCGCCCGCGCCCGGUGGAGUUUCUUCCUUGAUGCUCAGCCCGACUGCUUCCAUCGUGUCCAAGCUCCAACGAGGAGGCAGAUCUAUCACCGAAGUCUAUGCCGACUAUGUGCGACUUCAGAAAGAACUUCAGCAGGAGAAGCAGGAGAAACAGCGACUCGAAACAACGCUCAACGAUAUUUUCAACGAGAUUCAGGAUAGGGCACCUGUUCUCACUCAGCAACGUUUGGAGUACGAGCGCGUUUCGGCAGAAGCACGUCAACUUGCUACACAGCUCUCAGAGGUCAUGGAGGACCGUGAUCAGCAAGCUCGUGCGGCACGCGAGGCGCAACAUGCCCUUGCCAGCAAGCAAAAGGAAGUCAACCUGCUCAAUAAGCAACAAGUAGAUCUCAGUCGUCAAGUCCGUGGACUGAUGCAUCAACUUGCUCGUGCCCUUGACCCAACUCUCCCUGAAGAGUUUGUCGAGGACGUUUCUGGAGAACCCGAUGAGCUCCUCGAUGGUGAUGGCUUUGUCACGUCCAAUUUGGUCCUCUUCCGCAGCAUUCCACAUCUUCAGCAACAAAAUCAGACACUGCUCAGUCUCACGAGGUCUCUUGCAUCGCAGCUCGAGGAACGAGAUCGCAAGGCAGCGGCGGAUGAGGAGAAUGAAAUGAUGGCAGAGGCACGAGCCGUUAUCGAGAGCCUGCAGACACAAUUGCAGACCUCUCAGGCCAAGAUGGAGGCGUAUAUCAAGGAAAGAGACGUAUUCAAGGCCAUGGCCUCUCGACGACAGGGAUCGGGCGCGUCUGAGGCAGGCAAUGUCAUGGUGAUCGACGGCGGCGUCGAUUAUCACCAGAAGUACGACGAGGAGCACGCCGCAUUGGAUGCACUCAAGCGGGAGACUGCAAGAGACUUUGAGGAGCUCCGGAAGGAGUUGAAGAAGGCUCAGGCCGAGUCUACGGAUGCCCACGUCGCUCUUGGAAAGGCCCGUGCCACCAAUGAAUACCAUCUUGAACGCUAUCGUCUUCUCCAGUCAACAACCACUGCUCAGACCGAGGAAUUGAAGACGCUCUCAGCCAGGAAUAACGAGCUCCAAGCUCAUGUUAGACAAGCAGAGAUCAAGAUUGGCGAGCUUUCUUCGACGCUUGCAGAGUAUUCUAGCACACUCGCCAAAGCACAGAGCGAAUCGCAGCUGCUACGAAACGAAAAGGCUCUGCAAAAGUCUCGAGAAGAGCGCUUGGAACAAGAGAAUCGCCAGUUGCAUGCAGAACGUACUCGCAACAAUCAAACUCUGGAGGACUAUCGCCGCAUGAAGGAUGAGCUCUCAUUGCUUUGGGAAGAGAACAAACAGUCCUUGGAGCAAGAAAAGACGAGAUUGAUGUCUGAAGUUGCUACUUUGCGUGACGAGAUUAUGACCGACAGAGCCGCUGCUCGAUCAAGACUCAAUGAAAAGGAGGCGGAAAUCAGGGAUCUCAGUCAUCGCCUUUCCCAACUCACCGAGGAGAGUACCAAGUCACGAGAGGCUGCUGCUGUCGCUCAAGCAAACCAAAGUCAUCUUCAAGCUCGGGCAGACGAUCUCAACAAGCAACUCCAACGUGCAUUGGAGAAAUUGGCCGUCUUUGAACGUCGUCCGGGAACAAUUGGCAUUGUUCCUGCAAUGACCAGUGGUUCAGAAGAGGAGAACCUCCGCGCCCAACUUGCCGAACUUAGUGCUGAGUUGAAGACGGUGCAGCUCGAGCUCACCAACGAAAAAGCUAAUGCAGUCAUGUACCAAGAAUUGGCCCAGACAACAGAACAGGCACUCGAAGACUUGCGGCGAUCUACGGAUGAAUAUAGCGCCAAGACUCAACAAGACCUGGCGACGAAGGAGGCUCAGCUUUUGUCUCUGCAAGAGAAAGUAACUCUCCUGGAUCUAGAAAGGGCGACGCUUGCCGACCAAAAGAAGGCGCUCGAGUCAGAGAUGGAGGUCAAGGCAACUCAAUUCGCCGAGGAGAAGAAGUUCCUUGAGGAUAUUGUUGCAGAUGUUCGCGGCGCUGAUGAGCGUGCCGUACGGGCUCAGGAAGAUAUCCAUCAAGAGCUCCGCGCCGAAGCUCAAAGAACGCACGAGGCGCAAACCAAGUACCAGGCGCUCCUCGUCGAUCAUUCUAAGGCUCUCGAGGAGUGCACGAACCUCAGGCAGCAGCUUCAAGAUUUACAAGUUUCCGCCGAACGUCACGCAGCUGAAGCAAGGUCGGCUCAACAUAUCCUCACCUCCUCUCAAAAGAGCUGGGAGGUUCAGUCAGAGAGUUUGAAGCAAGAAGUUACCGAGAUUCGCUCGCGCUACGACGAUCUCAUGAAGCAGAACACUCUCCUUCACAAUCAGCUGGCCAGCGUCACUUCUCAAGCUGCACGACUUGGCGAAUUAUCAGAGACCGCUGUGGCCGCAAUCCAAGCGCCAUCCAACGACAGUCAGGUUCAAGAGCUACAGCAAGUUAUCAAACAUGUCCAGAGAGAUGCAGACUUGCUUCGUGGGCAGUGCGAGCUUCUGAAGCGCGAAAAUGCUCGUAUAAACGGAGACGUACGCCGUCUCACGUCCGAACUCGAGUCUACUCGUCAACGUCUUUCAGAAGAGCGUGAAAUGGCCUCAAAGGCGGCACUCAAUCCCAAUGACCAACAGACUUUGCUUUCAAAGGUCUCGGAGAAUGCGGCGCUGAUCGAAAGUAACCGAGUGCUUCGCGAAGAAAAAGCUCAGCUCGAGCAACGUCUGCAGAAGAAGAGCGACGACUUGAUCGCUCGAGAAACGGAAAUUUCGCCAUUGAAACAAGAGGUCAUCACUCUUCGCAGCGAACUUGAAUACGUCAAAGUUGAGAACGAAAAGUUGCAAGAAUCGAUUGACCAGUGGCGAAAGCGUGCAACUUCGAUCAUGACAAAAUUCGAACGCAUCGAUCCAGAAGUCCACGAACAAGUCAAGGCUGAAGCCGAGAGAUUGGAAGCCGAAGUCGCAACCCUCAAGGCGCAACUCUCCAAGUCAAAUGACCAGGUCGCAAAAUGGAAAGAUGCUCAACAGCAAUGGAAAAACGCGGCCCAAAAUGCGCAGAGCACUGCAGAGCAAGCCAAAGAGCGCCAGUCUGCCCUCAUAGCGGAAAGAGAUUCUGCGACAUCCCAGUUAGAGCUGGUCACCAAAAGCCUGGAGGCUGCGCGCGCCGAGUUGGAAGAGCAAACCAAGUCCAAUGCAUCCAAGCCUGUCGUUUCCGACUCUGAGGCUCAGGCUCUGCGAACCGAAGUCGCCCAACUUAAAGAGCAGAAUACUUUGCUCCAAACAGAAUUGGCAUCUCUCAAGGAGCAGGUCGCCAAAGGGGCGCCCUCGGGCACUGGUGCGACCGGUGAACAAGUCGCCAAAGCCGCAAGGGACUUUGCAGAUCUCCAAGCACGAGCCCGGAAGAUGGCGGGCGAUUUAUCAAAGCAGCGGGAGACAAUCACCAAUUUGGAAAAGGAGAAGGCAGCGCUAGCAUCUUCCGCAUCCACUUCGACAGACGUGGAAGCGAUUGUGGCUCAGCGCGUCGCAGCUGCUACCGCGCAAUUGCAGUCGGAAAAGGAUGCCGCCGUCGCGGCAGCUAUCGCACCGUUACAGCAGCAGCUGAACAAUCUGGCGAGCGCUCAACCAAAUAUCGCUCAGUUGCAACAACAAGCAGCUGAGAUUCGAUCACUGCAAGAGCAACUAGCAAAGCGACCAGAAGGCCUACCGCAAAACCCAGAGCUUGAGACAAUUAUUCAAACUCGAGUUGCCGAGCAGGUUGCUUCUAUCCAAGAGGAACAUAACAAAGCGCUCGCUCAGGCAACGGAGAAUGGUCGACGAGAAGCGGACGCCAAGCUCAAGAUGCUCAACAUGCAAUUCAAUCGGGUCAAGACCGAGCUUGCUCAACUCAAAGGUACGGCUGCAUCCAAGCCUGUAGCGGCCCCAGGCGGCAGUGCGCCUGCGACCACUAAUGCCGCUCCGCCUUCAGCGGCUGUACCCUCCCCGGUUAAAGUUGAGCCUGCGGCGAGCCCUCUCGCGACUUUACCUGCUGUUCCGGUUGCCGCUGGAUUGCCAGCCUCGCCAGUGGCGGCUCGUGGACGUGGUCGUGGUGCUGCAAACCCAAGAGGUGCACCAGCUACUCGAGCAAGAGGAGCUGCUCCGGCGGGUACGGGAAGAGGCACUGUACUCGACGCGGUUAAUCAAGCCAUUGCGGGUGGUGCACCUGCGUCGCCAAGUGGGCAGCUCAGCAUACUCGGCGCAUCUGGUCAAAAGCGUGCAAGAGAUGAGGACGAUUCAAACGACCCUGGUGCGUUGGCAAAGCGACUGAAGCCUGGCGAAGGCGGUCUACCAGCAAGACCAGCUGGUCGCGGAGGCGCACCUCCUGCUCGAAAUCGACUGCCUGGUUCACCAGCUCCGGGACCAUAA